UCUCACUGUUUACACUCCGACUGAUGCACGUGAGCAAACAGACAGUAAUACGAUCCUCUAGUACUGACUACUUUUCACAACACCUGAACGGCCCAUAAAAGAAAUAAAAGGCUACACUUAUAACUACGUCCACAUUUGUGAGGUGCGAAUUGUAAGUUGUCAAACACUGCGUUGUGCCAGCGCUGGUCACUGUAUCUGCGCCAUCUCAAUAGAGCGUGCUUUCCAAUCAUUUGAUCAGUCAGGGCUGUGGCCGCCUCCUAACACUCGUGAUUAAUUUAAAACAGUUAGCUGCAAGCAGACACCAGUACUGCCAAGUCACCAUGGCUGCAGUAAGAGAGGAGAAGGGAGGGGUGUUGGUGUCUCUGGGGACCUGCUUCUGAAAAAGACGCACCAGAGCCCUAGCCACACACAGCACAGCUGCGGGGAAAGAGCACUCUUCUCCAUGGCUAAUGUCAUACAUCUCACCUUACUUCUCCUCUACUGUGAUGGGAUGAACACAGAAACAUCCCAUUCCCCACAGUCUGUUCCUGUAAUUACAACACAGAAAGCUGUAUCCAAAGGUCAAAAUCAAGUCAUUAUUGAAGAGCUUGCAAUCCUGACACCCCAAUAUAUAGAGCUUUUAUGUAACCUAAUUGAUAUACCAAAUAACCCUCCGUACAUUACUGGCUAUUGGACUAAAGAUGGACAAGAAAUUGAAAACUCUGAAGAAACUGUAAAUAGAAACAAUGAACAGUAUAUCAUUAAAAGGACUUUCAGUAUACAGGCCAGAGACCUGGGGAACUAUUCCUGCAUGUUCAGAGAAAAUGAGGCACAAGUAACAUUUGUUUUAGUUGUUCCUGUAAUAAAAGACAAAAGAGACAAGCCGGUAGUGAGCUACACCGGAGAUUCAGUUGUACUUGAAUGUAAACUCAAGCACACACCGAACACCUGGAACUGGUACAAGGCAAACAACACUGAAAAGGGACUCAUCAAUGUUACUGCAAACCCUCUGAACUACAAGAUCUUUAUUAAUGGAAAUGAAACAAAACUGACUGUACUGAAUCUGACUGAAGAAGAUUCUGGAAAGUACAUAUGCAGCGCUGAGUUUGAUAUCAAACCCAGUGAGUCUUACGUUGAGCUGAAGGUCUUGUCAUAUACUGAGCCUCUCAAACCCUUCAUUGCCAUAGUGGUUGAAGUCAUUGUCCUGGUCACACUGAUUUUGCUUUGGGAAAAAUGCAACAAGCCGCAACAUGACAACUCUUUUGCAGGAGAGAAUGAUGUCUGCUCUGAACAAACCAGCAAACUCACUCGUGAUGAGAGCAAUGGAGUGCAGAACAACACAGCAAGACAAAGAAAACUGGAGCACUGACCUUUUCAUUUUAACAGAUGGUAAAAAAGAGUGUGAUUAUGUCAUGUGGCUUGAAUCACAUAAAGCAAUAAGCAAUGUUUUUUGCCUAAACUAAUUCUGUCACAGCCAUAUAUAU